CCCAGCCCAACAUUGGCCAACCAUCAAAGAAUCAGAAGAAGAGGAAGUUCAGAGUAGGCCCAGACGAUCGGAGGAAUCGCCCCAGACAAAUACCUAACUGCCCGACGUGUGGAAAACGCCACCGUGGAGAAUGCCUUGUAGGCCAGAACAUCUGUUUCUUUUGUCGCCAACCAGGCCAUAUCAGCCCUAAGUGCCCAGAACGACUGCAACAACAACAACAGCCACCUCAGCAACCUCAACAACAACAGCAACCUCGACAACAACCUCCACGACCCCAGCAGCAGCAACGCGACAGACAGCAGGCCCGCGUCUUUGCAGUUGAUCAGAGAGAGGCCGACGAGCACCCAGGUACCAUGUCUGGGAUGAUUGUUCUUAAUGAUGUGCCUGUUUAUGCCUUAUUUGACACCGGAGCGACCCAUUCUUUUAUAUCACGCCGAUGUCUUGAAGCUAUAGGAGUUCAUUCUCUUACUACUGUCGAUCCUCUCGAGGUGAGUUUAGCCUCAGGACGAAAGAUAGUGACUGAGGCCAGAGCCACCGAUCUCAGCCUUUCCAUCGGCGGCCAUAUUUUGACUUCUGAUGCUUAUGUUAUCGAGAUGAGGGAUUUUGACCUCAUACUCGGUAUGGAUUGGCUAACACGUUUUCACGCAGAUAUCCGAUGUCAUGACCGGGAGAUUACUCGUUAUCUUCCGGGAGAUGAUCAGAUCACUUAUUUCGGCUCCAGGACUCGUACUUUGCCCCAUAUUAUUUCUAUGGCGACAGCCAAGAGGAUUCUUCGACGGGGUGAUUUCCAGGGUUACCUUGUGAGCCUCAUUGGAGAUGAGCCAAAAGCACGUUCACCUCAUGACAUUCCUAUUGUUCGUGAGUUCGUGGACGUAUUUCCAGACCAGCUUCUCGGAGGUCCACCUAACCGACAGGUGGAAUUUUCUAUUGAUCUUAUCCCUGGAGCCGGACCCAUUUCUAAGGCGUCGUAUCGAAUGGCACCUAAAGAAUUGCAGGAGGUAAAGACCCAAAUUCAAGAAUUGCUGAAUCUCAGUUUUAUUCGACCGAGCGUCUCACCUUGGGGAGCACCCGUUCUCUUUGUCAAGAAGAAAGACGGAUCUAUGCGUAUGUGUAUCGACUACUGGGAUCUUAACCGGUUGACAAUCAAGAAUAAAUAUCCGCUUCCCAGGAUCGACGAUUUAUUUGAUCAGUUGAGGGGUGCCUGUGUAUUUUCUAAGAUCGAUUUACGUUCAGGCUAUCAUCAGCUGAAAAUCAAGGAGUCAGAUAUACCUAAGACAGCGUUUCGUACGAGAUACGAUCACUUCGAGUUUGUGGUUAUGCCGUUUGGCCUCAGUAAUACCCCGGUAGUAUUCAUGGACUUGAUGAACCGUGUAUUUCAUCCUUUUCUCGAUCAGUUUGUUAUUGUAUUCAUUGAUGAUAUCCUUAUCUAUUCUAAGAGCCAGAAAGAGCAUGAGGAGCAUCUGAGGGCCGUUCUUAUGACCCUUAGACGAGAAAA